AUGAGGAAUGGACAUAAGUCAUCUAUGUUAUGCCCAUGUGUUGGCUGUAAGAAAGAGAAGCAAUACUCGAAUUCGUUAUCGGUCCAUGCCCACCUAAUUCUUCGAGGCUUCAUAGAUGACUACAGAUGUUGGAACAAACAUGGAGAAGAAGGUGUCAACGACCGACAUGGUGAGGAAGGACUUCAUGAAACUUGUGACGAUGGCAAGGAAGCACCCUUUGGCAAUGAGGAACUAUGUGAUGAUGAUGUAGCAGAGAUUGCUGCCAGCCCUGUCCCUAUGGUUGAGAAUUUGGAGAAGAUGAAAAUUCAUGCUUGCAAGAAUGUGUGCAUCCUGUUCCGUGGUGACAAUGCAGCCCUCACUGAAUGCCCCAAGUGUGGGAUCUCUCGUUACAAGCGAAGAAAUGACAAGGGUGAUGACGGCUAG